GCUCCAAAGAUAGCUUGAUAAGUCACAACAGAGGGCAGUUGGGGCAUAACUUCACACAAGUCAUCAAGACCUCCUCCACUUUGCUGCUGGGAGAGGCCAUCAAAAACAGACUGUAUUUUUAGUUUAUUUCAGUCUCAGCUUAUCAGUCAUCUUGAGCCAACUACCAACAAACUUCUUUUGAAGACCUACUUGCCAGAAAUCACUUUAUUCAUCUUUUAGAGACAGCUUACCUGAAUCAUGCAGUGCAUAGGGGAUAUCAGUGAAGAAGUCUGGCAAGACUGCAUCACCCUCUUCCUACAGACUGGGAUGUGCUGUGAUGCGGCGAUAAUAAGCAAUUCCCCACCUUGGUUGUUGGCUUCUUAUCCUGAAGGCAACCUGUUCCAACUGACCCAGGAAGAAAUUCAGAUCUUGCUGAUGAGAGAAGGGAGAGAGAAGUUGUUUCUUCAGGGAAUCACCCUUGCAGGGACCAAAUGUUUAUUGAUCCGGGACAACCUAUACACUGAGGGCAACAACACCAUGGAUCUCCGCACCAAAGGCCAGAGUCGGGGCAGCCAAGCAGUGACAGUAGUUCAGAUCGAGUCUGUAUACCUUGUGGUGAUGGGACAAAAAGGAACAGAAGGAGGGCCUCUGAACCUCAAGGCUUUUGAGAUGGCGGGUUACAUCAAAGAGGCCAUUCAUCAACAUAUGGCCCAUUUCUAAGUAAAUAAAAAGGCCUUGAUGUUUGACCUGGAA